AUGGAGAGUAUCUUAGAUAAGAAAGACUUGUUAGUGGCUUUUCACUCCAAUAUGAAAACUACAGAUAAAUCAGGAUCAUCAAACAAUGUAACUGAUAAUACAAUAAUUGGUGAUGAUGUUGACAAUGAAUCCGAUAUAAACACCAGUAGUGGAAAUGAGGACAAUGAUUAUUACGGUGAGCAUGAUGAAAGUGAAAAUAUUUCUGACGGGGAAACCUAUCCAAGUGAUACAUUUCGAUUUCAAUCGUUCAUACGUCGAUCAAUAGAGGGUAUCGAGCUAGUAAAAACCUAA